CUGUACCGGCCGCGGACGCCGAGCGGAGCCGCUGUCAUGGGCCUGGGCAACAGCGCCGAAGAGACCGUGGGCGGUACCGAGGGGUACCACCUGUUCCAAGUGCAGGAGAACUCGCCAGCCCAGAAGGCGGGCCUGGAGGCCUACUUUGACUUCAUCCUCACCAUUGGGCAUGCGAGGCUGAAUGAGGAUAAUGACACACUGAUGGCGCUGCUGAAGGCCAAUGUGGAGAAGCCCGUGAAGCUAGAGGUGUUCAGUAUGAAGACCAUGAGGGUGCGCGAGGUGGAGGUGGUGCCCAGCAACAUGUGGGGCGGCCGGGGCCUGCUGGGCGCCAGUGUGCGCUUCUGCAGCUUCAGCAGGGCCCACGAGUACGUGUGGCACGUGCUGAAUGUGGAACCAUCUUCACCUGCUGCCCUUGCAGGCCUGCAGCCCUACACAGACUAUGUGAUUGGUGCAGACCAGCUCCUCCAGGAGUCUGAAGACUUUUUUACGCUCAUCGAGUCCCAUGAAGGGAGGCCCUUGAAGCUGAUGAUUUAUAAUACUGAGACUGACUCCUGCCGGGAGGUGACUCUAACUCCCAAUGCAGCCUGGGGUGGAGACGGCAGUCUGGGGUGUGGCAUCGGCUACGGGUAUCUACACCGGAUCCCAACUCGGCCCCCCAGCUACCACAAGAAGCCGCCUACUGCACCACCAUCUGAUGCCCCACCACCUGGUGCCCUGCCGCCUGGACCCAUCCCACUGGACUCUUCUGCCCUGGAGAUAGGUUCCAGGCAGAAUGAAUAUGUGGAGGCCCUAUUGCAGGCCCCUGGCUCCUCCAUGAAGGGCCCACUUCCUGGGCCUGGGGAUCUCAGCCAUGGUGCUCCAGACCUUGGGGGACUUCCACGUUCCUUGGAGACUCCUCUUCACCCUCCACCUCCAGUGCAGCGAGUCAUGGACCCAGGCUUCCUGGACGUGUCAGGUAUUUCACUCUUGGACAGCAGCAAUGCCAGUGUGUGGCCCAGCCCGCCCUCUUCCACAGUGCUGACUUCCACAGCUGUCUCAGCCUCAGCGCCAGAGGAUGUCUGCUCUAGCAACAGUUCUCAUGAGCGGGGCGGUGAGACCACAUGGUCUGGGUCAGAGUUUGAGGUCUCCUUCCUGGACAGCCCAGGUGCCCAAGCCCAGCUGGACCACCUGCCUCAGCUGACCCUUCCGGACAGUCUCACCUCUGCAGCCUCACCAGAAGAUGGGCUAUCUGCUGAGCUGCUUGAAGCCCAGGCUGAGGAGGAGCCGGCAAGCACAGAGAGCUCAGAUUUCGGGGUGGAGGCUGAGGGGCGGGCCAGACAGGCCCAAGUCUCUACCUCAGAAUAAUACCCUGGGCUGUGACAGGGCUCUUAAUGACAUUUCAUGAGGCCCAGAUGUGGGCAGGCAGCCCAGCUCCUGUGUGAUCCCAGCUCUGUAUGUUCAGCUUCCUAGGCAGCAGCUCUAGGUGACGUGCAGGGACUUCUGCUGGCAGGGGGCUUGUGUCUGCUCAGGCCCUACUUCUGGUUUCCAGAUGACCUCCCAGCAUUUAUCCUGACUGAUGGUCUUGGUUUUGGGGGUUUCAAACAAGUCCUUCAGGGGUGAUAGAGGGCUGGGACUAGCACCCCGGACUGAAUAUGUUUUAUAGGAGAUAGGGGAAGGAUUCGCUGCGUAGGUGGGUCAUGAAGCCUUAGUGUGUAGUCAAGAGGAGGCCAUGGGCCUUGGGGGAGGAUAUCUUACGGUCAUGCACCCUCAGGUCCAGUGCUUGUUCCUGCUCUGGUCACUGGGGCUGCCCAGGAGGCAGCAGAGUCAGGUCAUAAUCUAGCAUGUAGAGGGGGUGAGGAAGGAAAAGCGUUGGUGUUGAGUGUUGGCCUGAUUGCUUUGAUCAUUCCUGCAUAGCUCAGCCAGCCCUGGCUGUACUGGCAGAGGCCCCCAAACACCAGUCACUGACUCUGUCAAGUGCCCUCAUCCCUAUGCUACACUGCCACAGUUGGCUCAGGUUAGCCAACAUGCCAGUCAUGGUUGGAGAAGAGAGGCAAUGUACUUGCCCACCUCUCCUGGAGGGAGGGGGGUUGGAAGUUCUAGGCCCUUUAGCAGAGACCCACUUGUGCCAGAGACCACGAUGUUUCUUCUUCCCCAGGGCCUACAUGCCACAGAGCUAGUAUCCCCAGUGGCGACACCUGUUAGCUCCCAAACUUAAACUACUAUGUCUUCUAAGUAUACAAGGCAUCCAGAUAGCCCCAAUAGUGAAUUAAGGUUGCAAAUUAAAGUUCACCAUCCUAAGCAGACUCUCAAAGCCAACUAGGUCUCUUCACAUACAGCCCCCAACCCAAGGAGGAAUUAGGGGCAUAGACAAGAGUGGGUAAGGGCCCUUCUGUUCUUUCCUAUAGAAUGGGAGGAAGCUGUUCUGCCCACCCCCAGGUGCCUUUGGAGGCUAAGGCUAGGGACUCUGCUCAGUUCCUGCAGAGGAGUGCUCCAUCUAGGGACGGCCCCUUAUCAACUGCAGUCCCUACUGCUUUGACUGCAUCCUCACCGUCUCACACUCCUUGCUAAUUACUGUGAAAGCUGCCUCUGGCCUUGUCUUCUAGCUUCUUCCCAGUUUAAAGUCCUACUUUUAUAGCAUGAUUUGUAAUGUUGGCGUAUGUAUAGGGAACUCACAAGCUCUGGUAGGUCUGCAGGACAAGGGCUGUCUGUUCCGGGGUGAGUGGGCACAGACCAACUGUAUGGAGAGAGGGCCCCAAACCAACAAACACUAAGUCUUAGGCACUGUGUGACUACAUUUAAAGCAAACCCUUGUCAAGCCUACCAGAGCAGCCAAUAGUGUGCAGACAGUGAGCCACUGUGUCCUGGAUUGUCUGGGAGCUCAGUGUCAGUCUGCAGGAAUGCAGGAAGUAGAACAGGAUCGCCACAGGACUAUUCUGGGGCCAGCUUCCCUUAACUCUGUAGCCUGGCGGUCUGACCCAAAGGUGCCCUCACCUGAAGGUUCUGGCUCUUCCCUCCCUCAUUUUUACUUUCCCCUCCCCCAUAAAUUGGGGGAUAAAAUGGCUAACAAUCCUACUUUCCAGGGUGAACGUGAAACCAGAGGAUUUCUUACCUUUCUCUGUAAAUCUAUAAAGGAAAAUGACAAGUGAAAAAAAAUAAAUGUGUACUACACUUUGAAAUAUUUUAACUAAAGCCUUUAUUCUAUA